AUGGAGACCGAUCAAGAAGCAAUCGGUGAUCAAAGGAAUGAAAAAUCGACUAUUAAUAAUGAUAAAACUACAGCAAAUAGCAAUGGAGAGAGCGUAAAAAACAGUGGUACUGAUGCCAAUACACGUUCUGGAAACGGUACGAAUGUGAAAAAAAUGCUAGCCGACAAUGACAAUAACACGAAGAUUCAGCAGAAGAUUAUUGAACAAGUUGAAUAUUAUUUUGGCGAUAUUAACUUACCUCGAGAUCGAUUUCUACAGGAAGAAAUUAAAAAAGAUGACGGGUGGGUCCAACUCACAACGAUGUUGAAAUUUAAUCGUUUGGCACAAAUCUCUUCUGAUCCCACAAUAAUCGCAGAGUCUUUGAAGCAUUCGAAACUGAUGCAAGUGUCUGAAGAUGGUAGCAAAAUACGACGUAAUCCUGAAGUACCACUACCAGAAAAUUCGCUUGAGUAUUGGCAAGUUGUGAAACGACGUACUGUAUAUAUUAAAGGCUUCGAACGAGACACGAAAUUGGAUGACAUUUUAAAUUUCGUUAAACAGUUUGGUAGUGUUGAAAAUGUAAUGAUGCGUCGUGAAAAGUCAGAAAAGCGAGCUUUCAAAGGCUCGGUUUUCGUCACCUAUAAAGAUCAAGAGAAAGCAGAAGCUUUUGUUAAUAGUGGUACCAAACAGUUCAAUGGCAAUGAUCUUUUGAAAAUGAUGCAAAACGAUUAUUGGGCAAAUAAGCAAAAAGAAUUGAAGGAAAAACGACUUGCUGCUCGCGCUGCUAAGCAAGCAAAAAAGAAGGCUGCCGAAGCAGAGUCAAAAAAAAAGAACCUGGAGGUGGUACAUUUUGCCAAAGGAUUAGUGCUAUCAGUGGAAAAUAUUCCAAAGGAGGAUUGCGAUCUCGCAAAAGUUAAAGAUUUUUUCAAACAAUUCGGUGAUGUUCAGUAUGUUGUGUACGAAAAGGGCGAUGAAAAGGCCCAGAUUCGUUUUGGCGGUGAGGAAAAUGGUGCUGCUGUUGCUUGGAAAGUGGCGGCAGAAAAAGGAGAUGGAAAAGUUAUAUUCGGUGGGAAUGAGCUCAAGGGAACAGUACUUGAAGGCGAAGAUGAGGAGGAAUAUUGGAAUAACUUCAGUAAAAAGAAAGCUGAUAAGCAGGCGCGGAUAGCCAAAAAUCGACGGGGAGCUAAGGUUCGAGGCCGUGGUCGAGGGCGAAGUAGUGCACGGAAUGGUGUGACACGAGGCGAAAAGAGAUCAGCUGAGGAAACGACAGAAGAUACGCCUGAAAAGAAAUUGAGAAAAACAGUACCCGAGGACAAUAAACCGAGGAAAACUACCAAAAUAGUAUUCGCAGAUUCGGACUGA